UUCGUUCUUUCGUUCUCAAACCGUCGUCCAGACCAGAAGGAAAAUGAGAGCUAAGUGGCGUAAGAAGCGUAUGCGUAGGUUGAAGCGUAAGCGCAGAAAGAUGCGUGCAAGGUCCAAGUAAGCGCAGCAGCAUUGCCCACUAAAUGGAACUCUUGAUUGAUGCUAACACCGAAACGAAAAACGCCGACUGGGUAGCCCUAAAAUGGUGGCCCUAAAGUAAUUUUGCAAACCAGUUUUCACACAAACGUACAUGUGCAUUUUAAAUUCACGUAAAAAUUGAUUCUAAUAAAUUACUAGAUUUUCGCCAAGGUUCCACAACU